AUGGGCGGCGGCAACGGCCAGAAGUCCAAGACGGCCCGCGAGCGCAACUUGGAGAAGAACAAGGCGGCCAAGGGGAGCCAGCUUGAGACCAACAAGAAGGCCAUGAGCAUCCAGUUGUCUGUAGCAAAAUUUGGCUUCAGAAAUGGCACUAUUGUACUAAUCCCAACUACUGCCCAUGAAAAACAACUUAGUCCAUUGGUUGUGUCUGUGCAAACUGUUCUACAUCAGGCACUAGAUUCCUAUCCAAUGCUUGGAAUUGGAAUUCGAACUGAACCUGGACUGUGCUCUAUUUUCUUCUCAGGCAAAACAUCAAUCGUGUCUGCUGUCUUGAACUGUUUGAUGCUUUGA